CAGAAUGUUGAUAAUUGAUAGUUGGGGGUCAGGGCACGUGCCCGCGCUAAGGUGACUGUGGCCUCUCCAAUCUCCUCUGAGUUGAACCAUCAAGAUGCCCGUGUCAGGAUAUCAUCCCCCCCGAGCUGCGGGUCCAGAUCCUGACCCUCUGGGCCAUCGGCGUGUCCACCCAGGAGAGAUUUCCACUAAGCUGGCCGUGCCCGCCCGCACCAUCCAGCAGAUCAUCCACAAGGCCAAGGUCCGGGGAUACAAUCCCCAGGUGGACUUUCGCAUUCGCAAGGAAACAUAUUGAAGACGGCAAGCGAUCAGGGCGCCCUCGAACGCGUGAGGUAGCUCAGCCUGCCAGUGCCGAACCUCAGGACCCGGAUAAACGCG